AUGGCGUCCUCUCCUCCUCUUGCGGCCUCUCCCGCGCCUUCGAUCUCUUCUCCAAUCUCCUCCCCGCCGCUCUUGGCUACCAAAGUCCGUAGGAAGCCUUUGCCCGAGCAUGCCACCCCGGUGACUUCUACCUUGUAUAACCCCUCUCCCUUGUCUAUCGAGGGUGAUAAACCUACCUUCAUUCCUCCUCCUAGACCCGAGUCCCUCUCAUCUGUGGAGGCAGACUCACUGACAGUGCCAAGGAAUCCAAAUCGAUUCUCUCGAGGACGGAGCGCAGCACAACCUCUCCAAAUUGAUACGUCGGCCAACGCCGCAUUCUUAAGGUCCGUAGUCGAGGACGACGACGACGACGAAGAAGGCGCCGACUACUUUGACGACGAAUACGAGAACCAGUUCACGAAUGGAAUCGGAACCCCCCUACACAGCCGACUAGUCAGCGAGCCAUUCAUCCCCGUUCUGAACUCUCCUCCCCCUACACAGAGACGUGCAACGAGUAUGGCACUGCACACUCUUAAUCAACCACCACCCUUAAAGAUAGACCUGAAUGCUCGAUCCAUGUCCAUGGGCCCGGAUCCUCGGCAACCAAAGACUCCUGGAAACAAGAUAAGCUCAUUCUUCGGCUGGAAGGGCAACGCCAACGGCAAUCCUCACGGUCAAACUAAAGUAGCCACUUCCCCUGGUGGUGAGUCAACAAGCACCGAGAUCUCGGACGGCGGUCGGUCCCCUAUGCCCUCGCCGAUGCCUCCCUUGGCGAAUGAAGCCAUGUUCGCGAGCAAAUUGUCCGACGUUGAGAAUGAGCUGCGAGAAAUCAGCUCUGAGCUGGCUGGCUCUAUCCGCCGAGAAAUGGAGCUGGAAGAUUUGAUUGAGCGUUUGCAGUCCGAGGGCCCUGACGCGAACCGUCGAACCAGUGAUUAUUUCUCCGAUUCAGGGACUGGGUCAAUUCGAAACCCAUCCGAUGCUGGUCGAGCUAGCGUGGAAGAUAUCGAAAAGAUUCGCCGUGCUGCAGAGCAAGAGCGUGCGCAGCUGAAGGUCGAAAUGUCACAAAAACUGCAAGACGAGCGAAUGAAGCGGACUGCAUCCGAGUCUCAUGUCCAGAUUCUGGAGAACCAGGUCCAGCAGCUUCGUCGUGACCGGGUAGAAAACUCGGAUCUCGCUUCCAAGACAUCAAGUCUCGAGAGAGCUCUCGAAGACACCAAAAGAAAGCUACUCGAAGAGAGGCAAUCAAAGGAUAACUUUGAAGACCUGCUGACAGCCAUGCGGGUUGAGUUGGAACAGCUUCGGAACGACCGCGACAUGCUCCGUCAAGGGAAGCCACCCCCAUCCGAGAUGCAGCGCCUAAUUGAGGAGAUCGAAGCCCUGAAGAUCGAAAACGCAUCGUUGGCCCAAUUACAAGGCAAGCGGAAUUCUAUCAUGGGCCUUUCCCGCUCCAACUCCCUCGCACGGAAACCAAGCGGACUCUCCCGAUCAAACUCGGUGAGCGGUAGAGAGCGAGAGCAGCAGACCGGCGAGUCUUUGGUCGACCAAAUCAAGAACAUCGAAGCUCAGCGAGACGCCCUUCACCGAACUCUCAAGAGCCUGCUCGAUCGACACGACCUGCAGGCACGCGAGUUCGAGAAGCGUGCUCCAGACUCCUCCCGCCGACCCGGAUACGAGCGCGAGGUGCAAGGUUUGCGCGAAGAUGUCAAUCACCUCCGUAUGCGAGCUGAAGACGCGCUGGAUGGAAAAUGGCAGUGCGAGAAGAACCUUGCCGGUCUGAAGAUGGACCUGGACCGUGCCGAGCAGGAGACCAGCUCAUUGAGAGCACUUCUAGAAGAGGACAACGCUGUCCUGGAGAGCGGCGGGGAAGGCUUCGCCGAGGUCAUUGCCACUUCAUCGACUCUGCAGGCUGCCUACCAGCAAUUGCAGGCGGACAGACAACAAGCCGAGGCGAGCGGUGUCGGCGCAGACUUCGAUCGCGCAAACCAGUUAGCCGGCCUCGUUCAGCAGCAACUGCAAAUUAACAGUUCUCUGCGCAGCCGCCUAGAAAGCGAAAUUAACAAGGGCGAGCGAGACCAGAAGAUCUCUAUUGAUCGAAUCACCGCCCUGCAGUGUCGAAUGAAGCAGCUCGAAGAUACCGUCCUCGCAGCCCAGAACCACGCUGAGGAAGAGAUGAGCCGGCACGAGGACGAGAUCCGGCAAAUGAAGGAAAGCCACAACGCGCAGCUCCACGCGCUCUCCCGCCUGGACAAGACCACCAGCGGGGAUGGAAUCCCGCUUGCCGAUGCCGUGCAAGCGUAUGUCCUCGAGAAACGAGUCAAGGACCUCGAAAAGGUGCUCCGGGAGGCGGACAUGGAGAUGGAAGAAGUUAUUGGCCAGAUGAACCGCGCACAAGCCGAUGUAGCGCAGCUGCAAUCUGACCGGGACGACGCCCUGCGCCAGACCCGGCAGCUGCAGGCGGACAUCGAGGCAGAGCGGGAGUCGCUGAGGGCCUUGAUGGGCUGA